GGCGAUUACUACAGUUUCAACGACAGCGCUCCUGGAAUUAAAAUUCAUGAGUUGUGGAGUUAUAUCAGAGAAAAAAUGAAGAAUAACCGAGAGCAUCUCUAUGAGGAGUUUGCGAUGUUGCCAACUGGACUUGUCCAUAAACAUGAAGUCGCAGCCGAGGAAAGGUACAAGGGCAAAAACAGAUACAAGGAAAUGUAUGCAUAUGACCAUUCCCGUGUACCACUUGAAAAAGCUAAACCUGACGACCCAGACUAUAUUAAUGCUUGUUUCAUUAACGGUUAUGAGAAAGUAAACAAAUUCAUCGCAUCACAAGGUCCGACAAAGAACAUGAUAGAUGAAUUUUGGCAGAUGGUUUGGCAACAGAAGGCUGAAAAAAUUGUGAUGGUUACAAAUCUCAUAGAAAUGGCUUCGAUAAAAUGCUUACAAUACUGGCCAGAGAAAGGUGACACUUGCUCACACGGCGGAAUAGAUAUAUCAUACAUCGACACCAAAGAAUUCCAAGACUACAAUAUACGCACAUGGGAAGCAGUGAAAACUGGUAGUAAACCACGCCGAAUACGCCAGUUCCAUUUUAAAACCUGGCCUGACAAGGACGUUCCAGACAGUGCUUGGUGCCUCGUGGACUUCUGGAAAGCUGUUGAUACCAACAGUUCAGCAAAUGAAUCACCGAUUGUUGUGCACUGCAGUGCUGGAGUUGGUCGGACUGGAACAUUCAUCGCCCUGGAUAACCUGAUACACCAGGCAAAAGCAGAGAAGUGCGUUCGUCCUCUACAAAUGGUACAGACACUGCGCAGGCAAAGGGUGAACAUGGUGCAAACGAAGGAACAGUACGUCUAUCUCCACGAGGCUGUAGCAGAAGCUUUGCUGAUCGGCACUCAUCACGUGUUCUCCAAGCAGUUUGAUAGUUUCUACAAGCACAUGGUAAACAAAGAGCCUGGAUCGCCGAGGACGAGGGUACAUGAACAAUUCGAUCUGAUUGAAAAUGGAAUCACAGAAGAGUCGGUUUAUGAAGGUGGUCAUGAAUAUGGAAAUAUGGAAUCCCUGCGAUCUGAAAUAGAUGCAUAUCGACCUAAGCUGAAGGGCAGAGGAUCUAGCAUUGUCCAAAGACUUGGAACUAUUUUUUUACCGAACUACGCGAAUAAGAACACUUUCCUGAUAGGAAAAUCGCCGACAGAAGAAACGCUGGUAGAGUUCUGGUCUUUGAUUGAGGAACAACACAUCACCACUGUCAUCAUGCUGACGUCACAGUCACAUGCCGCGUACAAGACUUGUCAGUACCUUGGAAGCAGUGACGAAAGACAAAUUGGCAGGUUUAAAGUCAACUGUAUCCAUGAGAAGCAGAACAAAGCUUUCCAAGAAAAGUGUUUUUCAUUCAAGGACGUAAACCACGAGGAUGAGGAUUAUCUAACGACAAUCCGUCAGUUUGAGUUUUUGGCGUGGCGGGAAGAUGAAGACACGCCUAUCGCGGUACAGCCGAUGCUUGAUAUUUUGGAGGCAGUCAACAAGUGGCAGCCUCACCUCAGCGAGACUAGACCCAUUCUCAUACAUUGCGAAUCAGGAUAUCGUCGCAGUGGGUUGGUAGCUGUGCUUCUUAAUGAAGUUCAUCGGGUUCAAGACAACAAGGGCCAGAUAAACAUCGUGGACAGCGUGAAGACCAUGAAACAACGGAACAAAGAUAUUGUGCAGAAUCCGGCACAAUUUCGGUACAUCUACGACGUCAUGCAAGAACAUGUCAAACAGAUCGAUGUUUAUCAAAAUCUGUAG